CGAUGACUACCCUUGUCGCAAAAAAGCCACAGAAACAAUACACUCCGCAGUGGGUCUCUCUGAUUGCCGGGGGAGUGGCCGGGGGCGUGGAAGCUGCUGUCACGUAUCCAUUUGAAUAUGCCAAGACCCGCGUGCAGCUCUUGACGACUGGCACGGCUACCACUUCCAACCCACUACGACUCAUCUUCACGGUUGCGCAACAGGAAGGUGUCGGUGCUUUAUAUACAGGAUGCUCCACGCUGAUUAUUGGCACAACUGCCAAGGCGGCAGUACGAUUCGCCUCUUAUGACACCAUCAGAAACCUCUUAUCUGAUGAGCGUGGAUCUCUCUCGCCAGCACGGGGCAUUCUGGCCGGUGUUGUCGCAGGGGCCACAGAAAGCGUGCUAGCUGUAACGCCGACUGAAAGAAUAAAGACAGCAUUAAUCGACGAUGCCAAAAAUGCAAAGCAGUUCCGGUCGAGUCUGCACGCGACACAGGUGUUAGUUCGAACUCACGGUUUGCGCGAGCUGUACCGGGGCCUGGUGUCCACCACACUGAAGCAGUCAGCCACAUCUGCCGUCAGAAUGGGAACGUACAAUAUCCUCAAAGAAGUGGCCAGAGCACAAGACAUUCCACCGACUGUUUUCACUACCUUUGGCAUGGGAGCCCUGGCAGGAUUUGUCACCGUGUAUGCGACACAGCCUUUUGACACGAUCAAGACGCGGGCGCAAGGGGUCCAGGGAGCAGGGCUUGCCAAGGCCGUCCAGGGCGUGGUGCAUGACUAUGGAGUUCGGGGAUUGUGGAAGGGCAGUUCGAUGCGACUGGGUAGGCUAUUACUGAGUGGCGGGAUUGUCUUUUCGGUGUAUGAGAAGAUGACAUUUCUGCUGAAACCUCUCGCUCUGAUGCUGUCUGGUUAAUGUUUUGUUUCCCUCAAUUAAAGAUGCCGUUUUGGAUAGAGCUCGAAGAGCUGCAAUAAGACCAGUGCCAGGCAC